AUGGCGGACAAUUAUAUAUCGGUUGAUCCGUUGUCCUCAAAACCCAUCGAAUGCUGGAAGAAGUAUGUGAAACAGGGACGGGUAUGCGAACCACUCAAACCGCUGCGCCUCGACACGCCGAUUUAUGAGAACAAAGUUCGGUUCGUAUGCAUUUCGGAUACGCACGAGAAAAUGCAUGAAGUGAGUGUUCUACCAUACAUUCCCGAUGGUGAUGUUCUCAUUCAUUCGGGCGAUUUUACGAAUUGCGGCGACAUUGGAGAAGUGAUCAAGUUUAAUGCGGAAAUCGGUUCACUUCCACACAAACAUAAACUGGUAAUCGCUGGCAAUCAUGAGCUUGGUUUCGAGGAUGGCGAGGAAAUGAACGAACGCCAAUUGGCUGGAUUGAACAUGCUUGGAAUUAAUAAAGCCUACGAGCUUCUCUCGAAUUGCACAUAUCUUUGCGACAAAACUUAUGAUGCUUAUGGCAUCAAAAUCUAUGGAGCCCCUUGGCAUUCAAUGCCGGGAUAUUCGUUUUACAGACCGAGAGGUCAAAAGAUUUUGCACAAAUGGAAUCAGAUUCCGGCGAAGAUUGAUGUGUUGAUCACCCAUACACCACCGCUCGGACACGGAGAUUUUAACGCUUGGGACAAAAUGGAUGGAAUUCUUGCCGGAUGCGCCGAACUUUUGAACACCGUUGAACAGAGAGUCAAGCCCAAAUUUCACGUUUUUGGACAUGUUCAUCAGAAGCACGGCGUGACAACAAAUGGAGAGACAAUGUUCAUUAAUGCUGCUCUUUGCGAUCAUAAAUUGCGUAGCGCCUACGAUCCGAUCAUCUUCGACAUUCCAUUGCCGCCAGGCAAAUCGAAACAAUAA